AGCCACCCAUGCAGCCAGCCAACAUCCAAACGCAGCCAGCCGUUCAUUCCAUCUCGUGCACCCCUGUCAGUCUGCUCGAUCCGGGCAUAUGAUGUCACCCGACAUGGCAAAGGCAGAUAGGGAUGUUGUCGUGCGUCAGCCUCUGCCACAUUAGCAGCACUAGAGUUCAACACGUCAGUCUACACCGUCACGCUGUUCAACUCACUCAGACAUGCAGGCCGCCUCAAUGGUCCUUGCCCUCUCCCUCACCGUCACUCAACCACCGGCCCACCGACACACGAGUGUCUCGACGGAUGGGCGUAUUGCUACCGCCGGUGGCUCGGUCGGUCGAGAGAGGGUGGGGGUGAAGGUACGGUAGGACAGCUGGAUGAGCCAUCGAGACAUCGAGAGAGAGGCAAACGCGGCAUGAAGAAUGCCGAAGAGAGCCAACAAAAGUGCCCAUUCCCUGGCCUGACGCGCUCAUUCACACGCCAGCAUCAAUCAGCCCCCAUCCGUCAAGUCUGCACAGCUACCUGGUCACUCGUCCACAGACACACACACAUACUACGUCACACACACACAUCGCAGCUAUGCUAUGCACCACAUAAGUGUCGUCAGCUAAGAAUGGCCCCGCUGCCCCUCCGCUGUGAAUGAUCCACCACACACAAGAGCCGGCCUGACAGACACCACCACCAACACACACGCACACACAGAGAGAAAAAGAGCAGACACGAACGUGGUCAUAUCUGAUCACGGAGGUCUUCGCGUGAAUGAGUGCCAUUUCCCCACCUUCAGGCGUUGCGAACUGCAGUCACGACGACGAAGUCUGGCCUACGGUGCUCGUGUCUGAUUGUGAAGCCCUCGAUGACAUUGUUGGCGCCGUCAGGGAGGGAGGCUUCGAUGGAAGCAAUGCCAUGCUGCUCAGCUGUCGCGUCGUCGACCUCCAGCCGCACAGACCGCAGGCCCCUGAUGCACGAAAUCAUCGACGAGAGGCUGGUGCGGACGAAGCUGCCGGCAUCCUGCACACCAUCGGGCACUGAAGGGGAGGGAACACACAGACAAGGCAACAAUGAGGACGCACCGACACACUUCUCUCAGCGUACGGGUCAGCUCGAAGCUUAGUUCCCUGAUCGUCGGCAACUCGUUGGCCGCCCCCACCAGCUGGUCGACACCGAUGCCCCACACCGACACCGUACCCACCUCUCUCUCCCUCCCCAGCCCCGUCAACACGCCCACCUUCUCCUCGGCACCCGACAUCCUCGGAUCAAAGCCCACCCUCGUCAGCUCCUUGGGCAUCUUGUCGGCCAGCAGCCGCCCCGCAGCACCGCCUAGUCCCAAGUCGCUCCAGACACCCAGCACUGUGGCCUGGGUUGAGAAGGGCUGUAGGAAGGUGAUGAUGGCGGGGUGGGGCGAUGGGGUGUUGCCCGGGGGGACGAAAUCAGGGGCAUCCUGGACGACCACCAUGGUGGCCUUGUCGAAUGAGAGGCUGGAGGCGACGUCGAUGGCUGACGGGCUGGGGCUGUCGAGGUUGUCGGUGAGGUCCUGCUGAGAGAGGAUGUACUUGACCUUUGUGGCCCUCUCUGCCAGCUGCUGGAUCAUGGUCUUGAAUGAGGGCGAGGGGUGGUCGGGGAACUCGCCGUGGUAGAAGAUGUCCAAGCCGAAAUAGAAGGGGCCGGCGGGGGUGAGUGUCAGUGGGGCGUCCUGUCGGCAGCAUGUGGUGACCAGUCGGUUCACGGCCUGCAGGACGGGAAUGCUGGGGCGGUCGAUGUAGAAGUGCUCUUCAAAGACCACGUGCAGCUGCUUGAGUGACCGUCGGCAGCCGCGGGCGAUGAGGACUUCCUGAAGGCGACAACACACACACAUACGGGAAGGACAUCAUGGACCAACCAACCCACAGACGCUGCCUUCCUGUCCUUUGUGUUCACCUGAAGCCGAUCUAUGCCCGCUCGAUGGUCACCGUCAUCGAUAUUGAUAGUGCCGAUGCCCUCUAGCUGGGCGAGUGGCCCCUGCUGCCCAACAGGUGCCGCAGGGAUGCGCUCGAACACAUCCGCCCACUCCUCACCCUUAAAGCUGCCGUCAACGCACCGCAGGGAGCGGGACGAGCUGAUGAGUCGGCCCAAUCUGUCAGCGUCCCAACCCUCCUGCCCCACGACGGCGAAUGAGGGCACCAGCCAAUGUCGGUCGGCCACCACCUCAUGUUGGUGGGUCAGGCCGGCAAUGGUGGUGAGUGCGUCGAGGGUCGGGAGCGGGUCGAGAGGAGCGGGGAGGAGAGGGUCUGUCCUUGCGCGUCUCGCCGUGCCGGUCCGCUGAAGGCCUUCGAUGGCGAUGGUCUCCAGCGUCUCGCCGCCCAGGUUGGCUUCACGUCGGCCGGCAAUGUGGCCCUCGAUGAUGGCCACAAAGACGUCGAAACACCAGCUGGGAAAGCCGAGUGGGUAGCAGAGGACCACACACGUCAGCUGCCUGAGGUAUGUCGCCCAUUCCUUGACGAGGUCGAUGGUGGUCCUCUGCCAGAACGACCGCUCGUCUUCGUCUGCUGCGCUGACGGUGAGGUGGUGCUGUUUGCGGGCGGUGAGCUGCCACGUCAGGGGCGGCAACUGCAGCUGCAUGAGCAGAUGGAUGGGGAGGAAGGCGAUGACGAUGCUAAGGAGACCGGGCUGCACACAGCCACACAGCCCACGGGACGGCAAGAGAUGUGAAUAUCCACCAGAGUACGGAUGGCCUCAGUGCGAGUGGCUGGCUCACAGGUGCAUUCCCCCAGAAGCUUCUUUCCCUCUCAGCUCGACGCUGCCGCUCCUCAUCGCUCUCACCACCUGCACCACCACCACCAGGCUGAGCAUCAGAGGAAGAGGCUGCCAUAGUGUGAUGGGUGAAGCAACCUGCAACCAGCAACACAUACACACAUACAUUCAUACGAACGAAUCCAUCAUCAGCCAACACAUUGAAUGAGUGACGCCACCUCACCGGCAGCUGAUGCGCCCUCUGUGUCGUUCUGGUCGGCCUCGGUUAGCUACGCUCUCCGCCAGUCAGCCCACCACGUGUGGUCUGGGCGUGUCUAUUGGCCUUCCUCCAAGAAAGGCAAUGCGAGCUCAAAUGCAGAGUUCAAUUCGCCGCUCAUUUCUCUGUUUUUGCCUGCCUGUUUCACUGAAGGUGUGUGUGGUCUCACUGAGGAGG